AUGUCUAGAGCAAGUAAAAUCCUUAAGUUAGCUGAUGAGAUAAAUGGUAUUGCUCAAACUAGUGGAAAAGAAUAUAUUGUUAAAAAUGUUGGAAGUGACAAUGAGACACCUCGUACAGAAAACCUAAGUUAUAAUGAUACAGAACUGACUGAACUUCUCAAUUAUUAUGACCGAAAUAUUGUAGUCGCAUUGGAAAAACCAAAUAACAAUGAUCUGGACUUUACUCGAGAUAUACCAGAAGAUAUUUUCUCAGAUGAACGCAUGGACCUUAACGAAAAUCCCGAAAAUUUUUCAGCAACUGGUGAUGUUUCACAUAUUGAAUAUCAGUGGAAUGAAGAUGCCAUAUCAGAUGACAGUGAUUUCUUUGAGCCUUUAGUACCAUACUCUGACCGUUCGGAUUCUGACAGCUAUGAUGUUCCAGAAAAAAGCAAAAAACGUAAAAAGAGGUUUCAGGUUAAUAAAAGACCUGGUAUUCUGAAAAAAAAUGAAAGUCGUCGGAAAAUGGGUAAGAGCUAUUUUGGAAGACAAAAAAUAAAUGGAAAGUGGAACUAUGAUAUGGAGAAAACACCCCGAGAAUUAAAAGAAAGAUGUUGUUGCAAGACAAAAGCAAAUGGAUUACUUAAGUGUAAUAAAAUUUCUGAGGAAGAGAGAAAUGUAAUAUUUAAGUAUUUCUGGAAUUUAAGCUGGGGAGAAAAAAAAGUAUUUGUAGAUAAUACUGUAAAAUCGACUGCUAUAAAUAGACCGAGAGAUAGAAAAGACCCAGAAAAAUCUAAACGAAAACAAUCGUUAAUGUAUUAUCUUCGAAGCAACGACACAGAUAUUAGAGUAUGCCGCAAAAUGUAUGUAAAUACGACAGUUGCUGACAAAACAAUUGCACAACCCGGGUAUUCAGAGGCGGAGCUUGUGACUCACGGCUCUUACGAAACUAUUGAAAAAGCCACAUAUGCUGAGCUUAUUAAUGUUAUUUCAAGCAGCAGUUCUAUAGAUAGUGCCAAUGAGAACAUUAUGGAAAUGGGACAAUCAGAACAGAGGAUAAAGGAGAAAAGCUCUGUUCAAUCUAGUCAACAGGCCAUGUACACUGUUACAACUGUUAAUGAUAAGAAUAUUGCACAAAAGGAAUAUGCAGAGCUUGGACUUCAUAUUCAAAAGCCUGACGAAUUAAAUGAACUAACGGAAUAUGCUGAUAUUAUUCAUGUUUUUCGAAGCUCACACUCUGAAGGUGUCUUUGAGAACUUUACAGAAAACUUAUAUUCAGCGUCCGAGACUGACAUCCAAAAGCAUGAUGAAUCUAAUGCUCAAUAUACCGAACCUAAUAAUAUUGCUAAUGAUGGGAUUACUAAUUCCGAUUUACCAACAGAAAAUUUUAGUAGGAAGCGCCAGCGAAAUCCAGAGAAAUGGAAACGAAAUGCUAAAAAAAAGUUAAGGAUGGCAGGCAGUAAGUACGAAACCAGAGCAAAGGUUCGUAUUAAAACCGUGCAAGUAGUUGACUGCAAAUGUCACUACAAGUGCACUACUAAUAUUAACAGGAAAAUACGGGAACAAUUGUUGGCCGACUACCUAACUUUGGAAACUGAAAGAGGUAGAUGGUCGUUUAUUGGUAAACAAGUGACAAGUGUUCCUGUAAAAAGAAGGUACAUGGGUGAUAAUAAUCGACGCAAACGAACCUUAGAAUAUUCUAUUAGUAUUAAUGGAACAAACCAUAGAGUCUGUAAAAAAUUUUUUUUGGGAACAUAUGAUAUUUCUGAAAAAAAAGUUCGAACUUCAGUGGAAAAGUUGGCUCCUACAGGUGUUACAAAAAUAGACCAUAGGAGUAAAAAAGAACCCCCCAACAAAAAAAGCGAUGAAGUAAAAAACUUGAUUAGGGAUCACAUCAAAUCACUACCCGUUGUUGCUUCCCACUAUAUCGGCAGUAAAGCAGAAAUGAAGGAAAUAAAACAAGAACAAAAAAAAUGUCUAACAGAAAUUCAAGAUUUGAAAAAGGAAAAUACGCAAAUCAGAAAAGAAAAUCAAGAGAUCAAGAAAGAUCUUAUACAAGCAUUGGACAGAAUUGAUAGACUUGAGAACAAAAAAAGAAGAAAUAAUGUAGUAAUUCAGGGACUACCAAUAGAAACAAAUAACGUAGAAUUGAGAUUGAAAUAG